UUUUUUUCAAACACUUUUUAUUUAUUUAUUAUAAGAUAACAAACACUUUAAAAACAUGUCACUCCCGUUCCCAAACCCCAAACAUGCCCUAACUCCCGUUCUCACAAGACCCAAACCCUGACGAUCUCUCUACUCGUAACUCCUCCGCUCCCCUGAGACCAAAACACCACCUUCCUUUCUUCGCCUGUGAUCUAAGAAACCCUUUGAAUUCGACAGGAUUUGUUUGUGGCCGCGCGUUCUUCAGUCAUUCUGCUCUCAACAAACCCAAACACCCCUGACCCAUAGCGAUCUAUGUAACUCCACUGCCGGAGACCUAAACACCCCCAACCUGCGCAGGUUAAAAAAAGAAUUUGAACAAAAAGGCAACAACAUCAGGCUGAGUGCAUGGUUUGGUUAACCUAAUGGAAGUAGUGAACAAUGCUGAAAAAGCCAUAGCACAUAUAAAGUUAUAAACAUCAAUGGAAGGAAAUCAGUAGACAGGUACUCCCCGAGCUUUUGAGAAAAUGAAGCUGUUUUGAGUCAUGUCUUUUAUCUUUUGUUAUAACUAAUUUUGGUGUCAAUAUACAAUGAUUGAACAUAUGUAAAAACUUAUACUUAUUAAUGCAAUGGUUGUUUGUACUUUGAUUACUAUAAUGCAUGUGUUGUGAUACUACAAUUGAAGUUGUCCACCUCGGACGUUUCCGCCGUCUGGUUUGUGGGUUUGACACAUAUAAAAUUGUAAAUAAACAAAUAUUGUACCUCUUAAAGCCGUAUGGUUCUUUUUUGGGUUCCUGGGAAGAGCAUCGAUUAGGGUUAUUUUACAGAGGGGGUUUAUAGAGACAUAAGAAAUGAAAAUCUAUGCUUCUGGAUAGAGAGGGAGGGAGAGAUCGAUGGAGGCGAAUACCUCUGAAAAUCAAGGGUUUUAAACAGAAGACAUAUUUGUCUAACAGGGACAGUGGCGGUGAUGGUCAUGAACACAACAUUGGGCGGCGAUGAGGACUCAUGGUUGCGCACGAUGGUGAGAAACUGAUAGGAAUGGUGAGGUUUGAGAAAGAGUGAAAAUUAAGCUACAAUCUUUGGAUGGACCUGUGAUAUUGUCUUGAGCACACAAGAACAUGUUUUAGCAGUGAGCACAACAUAAGGCACUGUUUCGUGGAUUUGACCUUAGGAAUAGUGUAUUAACAUUUGAUAAAUGUUAAUGUUUACAAUUAAUGUUUUUUCAUGCUUAUUUAAACAAAAAGUAUCAUGGAAAAUUGCCAAGACACUAAGAAGUGAUACUUUUGAAUGAUCGGACAUGAGAUUGUAGUAUUUUACUAAUGCAGCUAGGCCCCGUCAAGACCCGGGCCCGUCCAGUUAGGAUCCAAUUGAAAGGGAAUCACGUGGGAAUUCAACAAGUAUUUUAUCUUAUCUUCGUUUAAAAUUAGUUAGUUGUUAUCAGUUUAGCUCUUAAUAAUCCUGAAGGGUAGUUCCUUUUUUUCAGGGGUAGUUUUAGCCUAUUAAUUGUUGGGUUUUCUAUGUUAAUUGGAGUUUUUUAGUUUUUGGUGAUGAAAUAAAAGUGAUUCCUUUUCCCUGAAUCUUGUGCCUCGUGAAUUAUUCCAAUUACAGGGGUAAUCAAAGGGGAAGCCCUCAUUGUCCAGAGGGUCCUCAGCACUAACUCGUGUUACAACCCGGAUGAUAAUUGAUGGCUUCGAAACAACAUUUUCCGGACCCGUUGCACGGUCAAAGGGAAAGUGUGCACCAUUAUCAUUGAUGGGGGUAGCUGUGAGAACAUGGUGGCAGAAUCAAUGGUCGACAAACUGGGGUUGAAAAGAGAAGACCAUCCAGAACCCUACCAACACACGUGGUUAAAAAAGGGGAACGUGGUUAAGGUGCGAAACAAGUGUCUCAUCCAAUUCAGCAUUGGCACUCGAUACUCGGAUGAGGUGUGGUGUGAGGUCAUCCCCAUGGAUGCUUGUCACAUCCUCCUAGGGCGACCUUGGCAGUUUGAUCAGCGCGCAAAGCAUGACAAAUACUUGAAUACCUACACAUUCAAGAAAGAAGGCGUGAAUGUUCAGCUAGUACCCCUUGACGCGCGUGCUAUGGGAACAGAAGCCCUGGUUCAUACCAAGUCAGCUUUCUUGGAUUUCACAAGAAACACAAAGCCACCCUUCGUGUUCGCGAUGGUCAUAACAGAAGUCAACAACAACAGAACCACCGAACCGCCACCUGAAGUACGACCCCUCCUUAGUGAAUUUGCAGAUGUGUUGUCAGAAGAAAUACCCGCAGGCCUUCCACUAGUUCGCGAGAUCCAACAUUGUAUUGACUUCCUCCCCGGAGCAGUCAUCCCGAAUAAACCAGCCUACCGGAUGAACCCAACCGAGUACGGGGAGCUACAACGCCAAGUUACCGAGCUUCUAGACAAGGGGCUGAUUCGUGAGAGCAUGAGCCCGUGCGCCGUCCCCACUCUCCUUGUUCCAAAAGCUAACGGGACGUAUCGAAUGUGCAUUCAUAGCCGCGCAGUCAACAAAAUCACAAUUAAGUACCGUUUUCCCAUACCCCGUUUAGACGAUUUGCCGGACCAGCUACGGUUCCUCCGUUUUCUCGAAAAUUGAUCUACGAAGCACGUACCACCAGAUCAGAAUGAGACCAGGAGAUGAAUGGAAAACCGCCUUUAAAACGAGAGAUGGAUUAUACGAAUGGAUGGUAAUGCCGUUUGGGCUCUCAAAUGCGCCUAGUACAUUCAUGCGAUUGAUGAAUCACAUAUUCAAGCCCCUUAUUGGUCAAUGUGUCGUCAUGUAUUUCGAUGAUAUUCUUGUUUUUAGUCACACGGUUCAUCAGCACCUCGAGCAUCUUCGUUCAGUUUUCAUGAUAUUACGAGACCAGAAACUUUACGUAAACGGUACCAAGUGUUGUUUCUUGUCUUCUGAGGUAUUGUUUUUGGGUUAUCUAAUAUCGGGUAACGGUAUCCGCAUGGACGAAUCGAAAGUUGAGGCCAUCACCUCAUGGCCUGUACCGUCGACGAUUCACGAGGUGCGUAGUUUCUUGGGUUUGGCAUCGUUUUACUGCAGGUUUAUCCGUAACUUUAGUGUCGUGGCAGCCCCUAUUUCAGACUGCUUGAAGGGGAAAGUCUUCUACUGGUCACCGGCAGCAAUAGUCGCAUUUGAGGAAUUAAAACGCUGCUCACCAGCGCCCUAAUUUUGGCGCUACCAAACUUCAAAGACACAUUCCAAGUUGAGUGUGGUGCGUCGGGUUUUGGUAUUGGUGGUGUGCUUAGUCAAGGGGGUCGGCCCUAUUGCCUUCUUUAGCGAAAAACUAAAUGAAGCUAACUAUUGUCCGAAGUUUGGAGUUCUGGAGACAUUAUCUUUUGCAUACCGAAUUUAUUUUGUUUUCAGAUCACCAGGCAUUGCGUUUUAUUCAGGGCCAACAUAAGCUAAACCAUCGACAUGCUAAAUGGGUUGAGUUCAUACAAGAGUUUUCAUUUGUCAUUCGUCAUAAGUCUGGGGCAACAAACAUAGCGGCUGAUGCUCUUAGCCGCCGUCGCGGAUUACUUACGUCACUCCAAGUUCGUGUGGAUGUGUUUGAACAAUUUGCAACGCUAUAUUCGGACGAUCCGGAUUUCUCAGCUAUUUGGACCGCCUGUCGGGCUGGGCCGUCUCAGGGGUAUUCGCUACAUGACGGGUUUCUUUUUAAAGGUAUUCGGUUGUGUGUGCCCCAGUGUUCGUUGCGGGAUGCGAUUGUGUUGGAGGGACACCAAGGGGCGUUGGCGGGGCAUUUUGGGCGAUAUAAAACGUUAAAACUCGUAAAAGAACGUUUUUUUGGCCAAAGAUGAGUGUUGCUGUAGCACCCGGUUCCUGGUACGUAAAUGAUAUUUGAGUAUUUCCUUUCUUUUAGCCUUGGACUCGGCGAUUCAUAGGUCCGACUUGCCGAGUGGAUGCGGGACCCGGGACACGUUUAAGUUGGCGACUCGGCGAGUCCAUAUCCUGGACUCGGCGAGUCACAGCUGUUGGAUGAAACCCUAAGUUUCAGGGGUUUGCACCCUAUUUAAAGGACUUAUCUGCCCCAGGCCAGCCCCCAUUCUCUCCCCAGAGCUCCCCAACCCUCGUUUGUGCUUUUCUUUGAAGAUUGAAGUUUUGUUGUGUGAUUUUGAAGGCUUUGAAAGAGGAAGGAAGUAGAUCCAGAAGAAAGGAAGCCAUCCAGGCCAUUAUUGUGUUCUUCCAGCAGUUCCUUUGAGGUAUAACCCGUAACCACUGUAAAGGCAAAUAUACCAGCUCUUAUACUAGAAUCCAUGUUCAUUUUUUUGGACCUCCUGCAGGGAAAACAGCUGAGAUCAAAAGGUGUCCGGUUCUUGUUAAAAGUAACCCGUAUUAUGACGUUCUAUAUAAUAGGGUGAAAGAAGCGGAAAAGAAUGGUGUUGCUGCCAAAUCAUUGAAGAAUUCGUUGCUCUCACAAAACUCAGCUCCAAAAAGAAGGAUUGAAGAUGCAUUUAAGAUGCUCGAGAGAGAGGAGGUUGACAUGAAGAUACUUCGAGGCUUGUGUGCUAAUGGGAUUCCCUUUAAUGUGUUACGGAACCCACAAUUCAUUGAAAUGAUUCAAGCUAUUAAGAAAGCACCAGAAGGUUACAAGCCACCUUCAUAUGAAAAAGCUAGAACUUCGUUGCUUGAUCAAUGUGUGAGAGAUGUGGGCAAAGAACUUGAUCCGGUCAAAGACACGUGGUUAACGCAAGGAGUAUCCGUUAUCUCGGAUGGUUGGUCUAAUAUAAAAAAUGAACCGCUUAUAAAUGUUAUUGCACAAAAUUCACGUGGUGCAACUUUUAUGUAUGCGGAGGCCUUUUCGGGGAUUGAGAAGACGGGGGUGGAGAUUGCUAAGUUUCUUCGACAAGCUAUUGAGGAGAUUGGUCCAAGUAGUGUUAUUCAAGUUGUAACCGAUAACGCGGCGAAUUGCAAGGCGGCUGGACGAGAAGUAGAAAAGGUAUACAAACAUAUUUUCUGGUCCCCUUGUUGUGUACAUUCAUUAAAUUUGAUUUUUAAAGACAUGGCGAAGCAAUUUGACUGGCUGACCGAUACAUAUAAUAGAGGAAAGGGUAUUGUCACGUUUUUUUUAAACCACACACACGCCUUAGCUUUCUUUAGAGACAACUCGAAAUUGCAAUUGUUGAAGGUUGCACAAACACGAUUUGCAUCACAUUACAUAUUGUUGAAAAGACUAACCGAGUGUAGGGAAGCACUUGCUACUACUAUUGUCAUAAACUCGUGGCGGGAAUGGGUCAACAAGGCGGAUGAGCACACUCGGCUACUUGCUAAUAAAGUGGCGGAUACAAUUAAAGAUGAAGAUUUUUGGGAUGAUAUUGUUCACAUUUUGGCCGUCACAAAACCUAUCUUUUACAUGGUAAAGUUUUGUGAUGGUGAAGGUCCGAAAAUGGCAGAAAUAUAUGAACGGAUGGACAAUAUGAUGGGUCAAAUCAAAGAGGCUAUGACUAUGAGGGACAAUAAAUUCUCAAUGUAUUACAAUAAAGUUGAAGAAAUUGUGCUCGAAAGGUGGGACAAGAUGACUAUCCCCCUCCAUUGUUUAGGAUUUGCUUUAAAUCCUAAAUAUUAUGACAAGCAUUACCUUGCAAAGUUGGCACCAGGAGGCAUGAAAAGAAAUCCUCCCAACGAAGACAGAGAAGUAAUUGUUGGUGUUUUGAAAGCAUUUGAAAAAAUUUCGGAGAGUGAAGAAGAAGAGAAACAGUUGAGAGAGCAAUUUGCAACCUUUCACAUGAAGAAAGGAAUUUAUUCAUUGGCUGGGACACAAGCCGAUGCGGUGACUAUGGAUGCGAUUGACUGGUGGGCAACAUAUGGAGCGUAGACUCCGUAUUUGGCGGACGUGGCAAAACGAAUCCUCUCGCAACCGAUUAGUAGCUCUUCAGCUGAGAGGAAUUGGAGUACAUACUCUCAUAUACAGAGCAUCAAAAGGAAUCGUUUAAAUGGCCCAAGAGCGGAUAAACUUGUGUAUAUUCACUCUAAUAUUAGACUUUUGUCCCGAUUUUCAGAAUCUUACAAAGUCGGACCCAACAAAAAAUGGGACAUCAAUCCGGAAAGUGAUCACAUUGAAUGUUCAAGUGCUCGUCUAGAAGAAAUGGUGUGGGAGAACCUUGAUGAUGAAGGCGUGGAGAAUGAAAGAGGAAAAAGGCAGCGGAUAAACUAGUUUAUGCCUUUAUGAUAUUUUAAUAUUUUUGUUAUUAAGUAUUAUGAUGAAGUAAUUGUGGUAUUUCUUUUGUUCCUGUUUUGAUAAUUAGUACUUUUGUUAUUAAGUAUUUCAUGUUAUAACUUUGAAGUGUUAAAUUGUUAAGUAAUAGAAAUAUAGAAUACAUAAUUACAUAUAUUUUAUGAAAUGUCUUAGAACUAGGCACACUGUACUGGACUAUACAAUACACUGUACCGGAUCGUACCGAAAUGAGCCUACCCCUCCCCCCCCCCCCCCCCCCCCCAUUGUUUAGGAUUUGCUUUAAAUCCUAAAUAUUAUGACAAGCAUUACCUUGCAAAGUUGGCACCAGGAGGCAUGAAAAGAAAUCCUCCCAACGAAGACAGAGAAGUAAUUGUUGGUGUUUUGAAAGCAUUUGAAAAAAUUUCGGAGAGUGAAGAAGAAGAGAAACAGUUGAGAGAGCAAUUUGCAACCUUUCACAUGAAGAAAGGAAUUUAUUCAUUGGCUGGGACACAAGCCGAUGCGGUGACUAUGGAUGCGAUUGACUGGUGGGCAACAUAUGGAGCGUAGACUCCGUAUUUGGCGGACGUGGCAAAACGAAUCCUCUCGCAACCGAUUAGUAGCUCUUCAGCUGAGAGGAAUUGGAGUACAUACUCUCAUAUACAGAGCAUCAAAAGGAAUCGUUUAAAUGGCCCAAGAGCGGAUAAACUUGUGUAUAUUCACUCUAAUAUUAGACUUUUGUCCCGAUUUUCAGAAUCUUACAAAGUCGGACCCAACAAAAAAUGGGACAUCAAUCCGGAAAGUGAUCACAUUGAAUGUUCAAGUGCUCGUCUAGAAGAAAUGGUGUGGGAGAACCUUGAUGAUGAAGGCGUGGAGAAUGAAAGAGGAAAAAGGCAGCGGAUAAACUAGUUUAUGCCUUUAUGAUAUUUUAAUAUUUUUGUUAUUAAGUAUUAUGAUGAAGUAAUUGUGGUAUUUCUUUUGUUCCUGUUUUGAUAAUUAGUACUUUUGUUAUUAAGUAUUUCAUGUUAUAACUUUGAAGUGUUAAAUUGUUAAGUAAUAGAAAUAUAGAAUACAUAAUUACAUAUAUUUUAUGAAAUGUCUUAGAACUAGGCACACUGUACUGGACUAUACAAUACACUGUACCGGAUCGUACCGAAAUGAGCCUACCCCU